UGAGCGAGACGGAGGAUUCAAUAAUUCUCACUCAAAGGAAAAUGGCGAGACAAGGGUAUACUCAACAGAGGAGUCAGGAGGACCCACUGUUAAAUACAUUUAGAAUGGAAAACAAUGAAAAAUACGAGGCGCUUGAAAAGCGCACAGAAACACGAUCUACUUUCUCUCUGACGUCACCCACCAAACAGCCCCGACGUCUCCAGGUUUUACCCUCAAGUCAUCCGAAAUACAAUCCGACGUCUCCAAAGUAUAGACCAACGUCACCCCAAUACAGUCCGUUGUCUCAAGGAUAUACCCCAACGUCACCCCAAUACAUCCCGGUGUCUCCAGAGUAUACCCCAACGUCACCCCAAUACACCCCGGUGUCUCCAGAGUAUACCCCAACGUCACCCCAAUGCACCCCGGUGUCUCCAGAGUAUACCCCAACAUCCAAACACACCCCGGCGUCUCAAGGGUAUACCCCCACGUCACCAAAAUACAGUCCGGUGUCUCCAGAGCUUACAGUGUCAGUAGAAGACCAAUUCUGCCAAUUCCUUCCGACACCGGACCAUAUAUUAACACCUUCCAUAACGCCCGCAAAUUUAACCGUAACAGAAAAUUCUCGGGAAUAUCCUCUUAAGGAGGAACUACGGGCGUUAUGCGAACUUGUUGACUCACUUAGAGUAGACUUACUACAGACCUCUAUGUUGGUCAACUUUAUUCAAAAUUAUAUUAAAAACUGGAAGUGACAUGGACCAGGCUAAACGUGUUUGAGACUGCUCUGUAUUUUUUCGACAAUUUCGAGUAAGUUCAAACAUUCCUUUUGGAUAUAUCAUUGUAUAUAUGUUUGUGUUUGUAUGUGUGAAGUUUCCAGUAUUUUUGAAAGUAACUUUUGGAUUCUAAUCUCACUUUCCUUUUUGUGCUUUGUUGACUGAAUAUAUAUUUAUAUAACUUAAAUAUUUUUUAUUUGCAAACGUAACUUUUUCUUUUGUACCUAAAACUUACUUAAGAUGCAUCAUAUUUUAUAAAAUCAUGUGUAUUAAUUAUUGAUAUUGACAAAUAAAUUUUUUUUUAUCAACAA